GAUGCUUGUCGCUCUGGCCGAGCUCGUGUUCUAUGUCGGGAUUUUUUGUUACAGCUGGGUAACGACAGCGAAACAUCAUGACGGAUGGUGAUAAGAAACCGAUGUCACGUUUAUUGAAGCUCGCCAACAAAUUCAACUGCUUCUACCUGUCCGGGAAUCCCUCAGGUUUUCAUACAGGUGAAUGCAGAGCGUUUGUUGUUGACGGACAACAAAUUGGCCUCGUGCGUCCAGAUGUGAUCAAAGAAUUAUUAAACUACCCACAAGUCUUUCAGGUGCACCCUGAGUACGUGCAACUGAAUCCCGCGUUCAGAGACUAUGCGGAGAGAAGCGCGAGAGUCGAGGAAGUACUUAGAGAAUGGAAGGCCGGGGAGAAGUUCAUUACGUUAAGGGGAUGGAGAGAAGAAUGUUACGAGGUCCGCGCACAAUUUAACACACCGCCACUCUUCAAAAUGGAUCGAUCAGCCACAUGCUUGUUUGGAAUUCGCAAGUACGGAGUAGACAUAAACGGAUACGUGAUGGACCCCGUGAAAGGUUUCUCAAUAUGGUUACAAAAACGGAGCCCGACUAAACAGACCUGGCCCGGUUAUUGGGACAACAUGGUGAGCGGCGGUCUGAGUGUCGGCUUUGGUAUCAAUGAGACUGCGAUUAAAGAGGCCGGCGAGGAGGCCAGUAUCCCUAAUAAUUUGAUUGCGAAACUGAAGAGCGCCGGCUGCGUCUCGCUGUUCUUCGAAAGUGAAAGGGGCCUCUUUCCCAACACGGAGUUCGUUUACGACCUUGAACUACCGCCGGAUUUCGUGCCGAGCAACAACGACGGCGAAGUGGAGACGUUCGAGCUGCUCCCGGUCAACGAAUGCCUCGAGAGGAUACUCUCGUCGCAUUUCAAGACCACCUCGGUGCCGGUGGUUCUCGACUUUCUAAUCAGACACGGACACAUCACAGCGGAGAACGAGCCUAAUUUUAUAGAAGUGAUGGAAUUGCUGCACGUGCCACUGCAGACGAUGUACAAUCAGCCACAAAAGAAGUGUAAAUUAGCCGCGAACGGUGAAGCAAUCGAGCCGUUAGAAAGAAUUUAAGUUUCCCGACCUAGUCUUAUUAAUUUAAUUAAUCGCGUUCAAGAUAAAUUUCAUUCUCGAAUCGAAUUCCCUUAAUUUUAUAUAUUCCUUAGCUGGUUUAUCUCUUGUAUUGGAUUUUAGCGAAAUGGUGCAGAGUUUUAUAUCUGUAAGGUUUGCAUAUUUGUAAGUUAUUGAAUAAGAGUUCGAACUUUUUAAACAGCCGAUUCGAAGGAGGCUUUUUUUAUGAAAUUCGAACCGAUUCUCGUUUCCGCAGGACGUCGACGGAUAGGGGGUGGGGGGAGAGAGAGGGUGAUAGAGAUUGAUACGUAAUUCGUUUUGUUACGACUCGAGUAGUUUUUUAUAUGAUAACGAUGAAAGUAACCGACGAAAUACGAUUUUUGAUGACUCUUAUAGCGAGGAAUAAACGUAGUCGUAAUUAACUUAUAUACACCGAGAAUUUCAUAAAAAAAAAAAGAGAGAGAGAGAGAGAGAGAGAUGAGGGAGAAGGUAUUUUAAUUUGCGGGCUUGUCGAUAUUCAAUAAAUUGAACGAAUUGGCACAACACGUACUGAUAAUUACAAUUUCGAUACGUAAAAUCUCAAAUCACGUUGUAUCUUCCUAUUAAUUUUUACCGAUCAUCGAACUGAAUUUUUGCACAACAGACGUUGAGCCGAUUAAACAAACUGAGAACUUUUGAUAUACAUCGAUGUCGCGAGUUCUACAAGUAUUAUUAUCGAUUAACAACAUUCCAGAUUAUAGAAUCUAAGGCUUCAGUUUCGUAGCCGAGACGGGAGAACGAACAUAGUCUUUUCUAACGUUUGUAAUCGAAUUUUUGUACCGAAGAAAAGGACUUACACCUACCGACGAACAAGCGUGCAAUGAUCCUGAGUAUUACUAACAGGAUUUACCGAAUCAAGAGACACAGGCAUUCACAGUAUUAAAAAGUGAAUGGCGCAUACAGACACGACAGUAUACUGUUUGGUAUGUUUAAAGGAUAAAAAAAAACAAAAAAAAAACAAGUGUUUAUAGACAAAUUAACGUCGAUGUGUUCUUAUACUCCAGUUAAAGCUACCAACGAGAAAUGCUUAGAAGGACCUAGCGUUUUCGAAGUCGAACAACUUUUCUCAGACGAGCGUGAGACAAAAAAAGUGUUCGUACAUAUUGUUUACCUUGUAUAACUGUAGGUAGAUUUUUUAAUUGAAGAUAACGAAUUGGUAACCGAGGUGUUCAAUCGCUAGGAUCAACAGGCAAACGCAACAGCAUAUUAAAAAAAACAAA